ACUCCCCAUUUCCUCGCCACCCCCGCGUAAUCGCAUCUCGACAUUCCUCUCUUGCCUUCUCGUCUGUCGAAUCUUGCUCCUGAUGUCUAGCGUCGUCGCCUGCGUCAAUCCCAUGCUCGCGUGCGAUGCUGCUCAUUUGGCGAAGGCUGCCUCGCGAGUGACAGGUGUUAAGGCGAUUGCGCUCGGGAACAGUGGAAUUACACGCCUGGAAUCUCUCUGUAGACAAAAUCGUCUCUUAGGUUGUGAGUCAAGCAGAUUAUCAUCUAGCAUUAUUCGUGGUGCGAGAGUCAUGGGUACAACUUCGUCCGCUUCACAGGGUCUUCCUACCCCUGUGGCCCAGGAGGUUUCCAGCGGUGAACAAGUAGACUUCAAAUCCAUCAGCGAUUCAGAAUGGCAGAAACGUCUGACGAGGGAACAGUUUAACGUCGCAAGACAGAAAGGAACCGAGAGGGCAUUCACAGGAGAGUACUGGAACACGAAGACUUCCGGAACAUAUUUGUGCGUAUGCUGCCAGACACCACUCUUCGAUUCAUCUACCAAGUUUGAUAGCGGCACAGGUUGGCCCUCAUACUGGGAAAAAAUUGGGGAUAAUGUGAAAUCAGAAACGGAUCGGUCCAUUCCAUUUAUGCCACGAACAGAGGUGUUGUGUGCCAAAUGUGAUGCACAUCUUGGGCAUGUAUUUGAUGAUGGUCCCCGACCUACUGGAAAACGUUACUGUAUCAAUAGUGCAUCUAUCAAGCUGAAACCAGAAGAAAAGUGAAGCCACACGUGAAGAUAGUCUAUACUGAACGUCUUCAGUUGAGUAAUUUGUGCAUGCCUCAGAGACGGGAGAUCUAGACUAUUUUGAGUAUAUAUUAUACUUUAAGUCCUGUAAGUUCUUUGAUGUUGUAAAUUAAAUUAAAUUAAUUUCUUGCACUCGUUUAUGUCU